AGAGUUUCAGAGAAGAGGAGGCUGCUGCUGCUUUUCACCUGGUUUUCCUUUAAGAGAUUCAGUUCAUGUAGAAAACAAGUGGACUAACAGACACCCUACGGACUCCCAAUUUCUCUCUGGCUCUCGGGUUGCAGCCAAAAGGCAGAAGAGGAGGCAUCCUCACUCACCUCAAGUGAAUUUCCAUCGCGAACACGUUCUCAUGGAGAGAGAGAAAAAGUUUGCGUCUUGAGCUGAAGUUUGUUGCCUACGACUUAUUAAACAUCGUGUCCACGAGUUUUUCCUUUUGUUGUAUUAUUUUUUUAUAUCAGUCGCAGGGAUUGAGGGGGUGAUAAACAUUCUACGCAUGUUUCAGGUGGAAUAUUCGCAUCUGUGCGAAUAACUUCAGUGUGGAGGUGCGCGAGCGCGAUUCUUGAGUCCGCGCUAUUGUCAUGAGAUUGAUGUGAACUUUUGGCUCGUGACGGAACGGUGUACCUCAGUUUUACCACAAUGAAGGACGACUUCACCGAUGAAGAGGAAGUGCAGUCUUUUGGCUACAAAAGGUUUGGUAUCCAGGAAGGAAGUGAAUGCACUAAAUGUAAAAAUGACUGGGCCCUGAGGGUGGCGAUUGCUCUUCUGUAUGUACUUUGUGCACUGCUCACCAUAGCUGUGGCUGUGCUUGGAUACAAAGUGGUCCAAAGAAUGGAUAAUGUAACAGAGGGUAUGGAGAAUUAUGGAGGGAAGAUCAUGGCUGUAGAGACAGACCUCAAGAAACUUGAUGAUCAAACGGGAGAGAAGUCAGAAAACGCCACUGGUGAACUCCUGUCAUUCAAGAUGGAAAUUACGACAUUGCAGAAGCAGCUCAGUGAUGUUGCUGUGAAGGCUUCUAACAACAGAGCUGUUCUCGAUGAGCUACGGCUAGCCGGCGAGGACAUGCAGAGCGGACAUCACUCACUGCGAGAUCUGUUGGAGAGCAAUGCCAAUGUCAUUAGCAAAGUAAACCUCACCUUAAACUCAUACAGCGGCUUGAUUGACGGACUAAAGACGGACACGGCUCGGCUCCAGAUGGACCUUCAGGUGCAGACGAGCGAACAGGGCCAAAACACCCACAGCAUCAGCACUCUGAACUUCACCCAGACCCAGCAGAGGAACCUCAUCAGCUCCCUCCAGAGGUCGGUGGAGGACACUAGCCAGGCUGUCCAGAAGCUUAAGAAUGACUAUCAGAGCCUUCAGCAGGUGGCUAGGCAGACCAAAGCGGAUGCUGACUGGCUGAGGGAGAAGGUCCAGAACCUUCAGGCCUUAGCUGCUAAUAAUUCUGUGCUGACUCGCUCUAACAGUGACGCUCUGGAGGACGUGACCUCUCAGCUGAACUCGCUCUCAGAGCAGGUGCAGAAUGCCUCGGGCAUCGCUGACAGCCAUGAACAGAGCAUCCGUGAGCUCAUGGACCAGCAGCGAGACCACGACAAUGCCACCUCCAUGAAGUUCGAUGCACUAGAGGCACAUCUUGACCGCAAUGAGGCAGAAAUGGACCGCAUAACAGGGAAUGUAAGCUUCACCACGCAGCUGCUCGGAGUGAUCAGCGUGGAUCUGAAUGGUCUUCGCACCUGCUCCGAGACAGUGGCCCAGCAUUCGGACCUGCUGCUGGGGCUGAACAGCAGUGUGGCAGAAACCAGAACCGACAACACAGAGCUCAAAGCCCAGCAGGAAGAACUUGCCGCCAGGCUCGACAAAGAGGUCAGCAGCCUCUCCAUAGUCAUGGAGGAAAUGAAACUGGUCGACAGCAAACACUCGCAGCUCAUCACGAAUUUCACUAUCCUUCAGGGUCCUCCUGGUCCAAGAGGUCCUCGGGGAGACAAAGGGUCCCAGGGGCCACCUGGCAAAGCUGGCCAGAAAGGUGAAAAUGGUGAAAAGGGAGCACCUGGUGUUGCUGGGCCUAAAGGAGAAAAGGGUCCAGCAGGGCCUCCUGGUGUACCAGGAAUGAAAGGGCCACCCGGAUCAAGAGGAAGUCCUGGGCAAAAGGGUUCACGAGGAUCUGGGGGCAGGGCGGGGCCUUCAGGAGAGAAAGGUGACCCUGGUAUACCUGGGCUGCCUGGAAGAGAUGGUCAGCCAGGUCCUCAAGGGCCACAAGGGCCACAAGGACUCAGAGGACCAGCUGGACCAGCUGGGCCUGCAGGACUGGAAGGACCCCGUGGGCCUGUUGGCCCCAUUGGCCCACCUGGACCUCCUGGAUUACCAGGACUUCCUGCACCAGUAGUUGUGCCCCCGGUGGAUCCACAAGGCUUUGUCAACCGCCAGGUAGCGCCACCCCCUACAAGUACACCAGGGUGCCCACCUCAGUGGAAGAGCUUCAGAGACAAAUGUUACUACUUCUCAUCAGAGAGUCUGAACUUUAAUGAAACAAAGGAAAGAUGCAGCAACAAGAGUUCAACUAUGCUGAUUAUCAAUGAUGAAGACGAGCAGCUAUGGAUAAAGAGGCAGAUUUCUGGAAAGGGCUACUUCUGGCUGGGCCUCACUGACAGCGCUGAGGAAGGCAUCUGGAGAUGGGUGGACGGGAGCCUGCCCAACUAUACGAAAUGGAAGCCUGGACAGCCUGAUAACUGGAGCCAUGGUCACGAGGCUGGGGAGGACUGUGCCGGUGCUGACAGGGAGACGAACAAGAAGAGGAUCGAGCUUAGAUUUCGUCGCGUGUAUAUCUCUGCCAUGCCUCUCUUCACAUCAAAUCCUUUUGAUCAAGAUGUUGAGAAAGCGACAAGUGAGAUGAACACAGCUGAGGACUGGGGCCUCAUUUUGGACAUUUGUGACAAGAUUGGACAGUCUCGCACUGGGCCUAAAGAAUGUCUGCGAUCUAUAAUGAGGAGAGUGAAUCACAAGGAUCCGCAUGUUGCCAUGCAAGCAUUGACGCUACUAGGUGCGUGUGUGUCAAACUGUGGAAAAAUAUUCCAUUUAGAGGUUUGCUCCAGGGAAUUUGCUAGUGAAGUUAGCAACGUGCUAAAUAAGGGUCACCCAAAAGUGUGUGAGAAGUUGAAGGCUCUGAUGGUGGAAUGGGCUGAGGAUUUCCGUAAUGACCCCCAACUCAGCCUCAUAUCGGCCAUGAUCAAGAACCUCAGAGAACAGGGCGUCAUCUUCCCUGCCGUGGGCUCUCAGGCAGCAGAACAAGCUAAAGCCAGUCCUGCAUUAGUAGCUAAAGACCCUGCAACAUCAACAAACAAGAAAGAAGAAGAAGACCUUGCUAAAGCGAUCGAACUGUCUCUGAAGGACCAGCGGCAACAGCAGCAGCCUCAGGUCUCUCUGUCUGGCCUCUACCCGAGCACCAGCAGCCUCCUCACAUCUCACAAGGCUGACGGCAGAAAGGUCAGGGCCAUCUAUGACUUUGAGGCAGCCGAGGACAACGAGCUCACCUUUAAAUCAGGCGAGAUCAUCACUAUCCUGGAUGACAGUGACCCUAAUUGGUGGAAGGGUGAGACGUAUCAGGGUGUUGGGCUUUUCCCAUCAAACUUUGUGACAGCAGACCUGACAGCAGAGCCUGAGAUGAUGAAAACAGAGAAGAAGACAGUGCAGUUCAGUGAAGAUGUCCAGGUGGAGACGAUUGAACCUGAGCCAGAGCCUGUCUACAUCGACGAGGAGAAAAUGGACCAGCUGCUUCAGAUGAUCCAGAGUGCGGAUCCAACAGAUGACCAGUCAGACACCUGUGAACUCCUGCAGUUGGAGGCUGCUUGCAACCAGAUGGGUCCUCUCAUUGAUCAGAAGUUGGAGGACACUGACAGAAAACACUCGGAGCUGUCCGAUCUGAACGUGAAGGUCAUGGAAGCGCUGUCUCUCUAUGCUAAGCUAAUGAAUGAAGACCCAGUAUACACUAUGUAUGCCAAACUUCAGAGCCAGCAAUACUACAUGCAGCAGACCCCAAACGCUUCCCAACAGAUGUACCCUGGCCAGUCCACUGGAGGGCAGUAUGCAAUGGGCAGCACAGCUGUACCGGGAUACAACGUUCCAAUGGAGCAGCUCUCUGCAAUGAACCAAACAGGAACACCAAUGGUCGGGCAGCCGGCUCCCAGUGAUGUCCAUAUGUACAUGGGCCAGCCUCCAGUCUACAGCCCGACCCCUGGCAGCAUGCCUCCAGCUGAUGUCCAGUCCUACCAGACCCCAGCCGGCGCUCCAGCAGCCAUGAGCCAGACUCCUGGCUACACCAUGCCCUCCACCGAGAGCCAACACACCCCUUACCCUGAGAAAGCCCUCUUAUAGGAUCCCUAGAGACUCAUACAAACACACACACACACACUUACAGUCAGAAACAAGGAACAUUAAGCUCACACAAAGAUAUCUCCUCCUUUUCUUUAAGACACUACAAACAAACACCUGAUUCUGAUCACGACAGGAUGUGCCGAUUGUUGACUACUAACCGGUGGUGUUCUCACAGAGUGGUUCUGAUCCAUCUUAUACUUCUUUUGUCUCUUUUAUAAGAACAUUUUGUUGAAGGUGAUGAGGAACACUAAGUUAUACGGUUUAUUUGACAGCAUCAUUAUAGUAAUAAUUAACUAGACGUUUCUUGCAGGAAAACACACAGCAUGCUUGUGUUGUACAUACGUUUCCGUACCAAUGUGGGUCCCGAUAAUCCAGUGUUUGCCACAACAGGUCCUGAAGGGGAGGUUACGUCGUCAUUUUAAUUUCUCAUCUGUGUGUGUGUGUGUGUAUAUAUGUGUGCAAAAGAGAGCGUGUUUAGGCCCUCAUAAGUCAUCUCGCCUCUCCUCCAGAACAUGUAGCGAAACACUGCCAUUGUCUUGACAGUGACCCAUCACCCCAAUGUCUUUAAGCUCAAUUUUCAGUGUUAAGAAGAUCAGAUGUUUUUUAGUGCAUUUUAUUUAUAUUUUGAUUGUCGUUUUGCUGUUUUAAUUGACAGUACUUUAAUAGAAGGAUGUAAUAUUCUGCCUGUGUGCAGAUGUGUAUAUACGAGAGCUCACUUCUGUCUUUAGAGCGUAAUGUUCAAAGCAGCUGCUUCUUCUGUAGAAAGGGCACAUGGGAAGUUGAGGAGUAAUGCUACUCCACAUCAUGCACUUUUAAUUUACCCUUUUCAUUACCCUCAUUUCAGAUGUGUCCACUUAAAACAUACGUUUCCUCCGCCCUCAAAGAAGAACCUGAAUGGCAUUAACCCUGCACUCGAACCCUUUUCCAUAACUGUUUUAAAAUAAAUGACAGAAAUACUUGGCUUGGAUUUUUUUUUUCAAACUCUCCGUAUCCCCUGGGAAUGAAUGAUCAUGUGUAAAUGAUCUGUAGCGUGGGAUGAUUGAACUAACCUCUUAUUUUCGUAAGUCCUGGCAAGGGCUGAGACAGACACUAAAGAGCGCAGACUCCAUCCGUUCAUAUGCUUCUCCUACUCUAAACCAAGACAGUACCCUACAUCUCUGUCUCUGUGUAGCUCCAGUGUUAUCAGAGUAGUUGUUGACGUUUCAUAGAGAACAUUCUGGGAAAUUGGGACCAUGGGCCAGUUCUAAUGUAACACCUUAGCAUUUGCACACUGAGAUGAUAAUCCUUACGUCAACCUUAUCCACAGGGAAAAUGACUGUUUUUGGUGUAUCAGUUCUAUGUACCCCGUUGUUUGUAUGUACUAUUUUAAUCAUCUUAAUUAUUAGUAUUCACAAUAAAACUAGGCCAAAUGUACAGCA